AUGAUUUCCAGCUACAACGGAGGUCAAGUGCUAUCUCGCUUCCCCGACGAUCUUGCAGGCCCAUCGUCUGGAUGCUCUCCUGCCGGCUCGCAACCACACGACACUUCGGACUUGAUCGACGAUCUCAACGAAUACUUCGCUCAAUUUGGCCUGCGCGAAGAGUACGACCCCUCCGACUAUCAACUUUGCCACACCGACUCAGACUACCUGAUGCAAUGCGACUCUGAUCGCAUUGGCUGCCUCGACUGCACCGACACUCCCGAAGAAGUCGCUCGCGCUAUGUUUCUACAUGCACUCGCAAACGACGUCAGGGAGGCUCUCGAUGACGCUUGGGUUGCCGGUCGUAUAUGGCGCGAAGCACUGGACCGGGAACAGGCGCGUUCCGGCAGCAGGCGAAAUUCAGUGGGCUCGUAUGAUCCACGUUCCGACCCGCAAAUCCUUUUCAACGAGUACUCGCGGAAGCUCCAUGAGGCGAUCAUGCUGUAUAGGAAUUCACUGGGUCUCCCUCGACUUUAUGACGAACAGAAAGCAUGGAUGAAACGCACAAUACAGUUACUCAUCGGUAUGCGUGAGGGUCGUAUCACUGUCAGGGCGUAA